GUUCUGUUCUCGCUUGGCACUUCACGGAGGGAGACAGGCAGCAAUAAUACAAAUAAAAACAGCAAUACAAACAACUAGCGUGUUUCUUCUUCUCGUUUCAGACCGUGUCUGGAAUUAGUUUGCUCCCCCCCUCCUCUCUACUCUUCGAACCAGUCGUGGCAAACUAAAAGCCUCGCUUUGCACUACGGGAUCUCGGUAGGUCCUCAAAUGAAAGAUCAACUGCGACUCAAAACUUCAGAAAUAGAAAUGUCUGCGACCAUCCUGUCCGGUUUCUACGACAUCGACAUGCUCUACAAGGACAAGAGUCUGAACAUGAACGCUCUCCAUCUCAACAGUAUGUUGGACAAGAAAGCGGUGGGGGCGCCGGUCACGGCCUCUGCUCUCGCCAACAACUGCACAUACGCGCAGGGAUUUCUCCGGCGCAACUCCGCGAGCAACGCUGACUGCACAAACAACGGCAACAAGUACUCAGCGACAUGCUACAGCAACAUGAAGGAGAGCUCGGCCAGCACCGCCAUCAUGAACAAGGAGAACAAGUUCCGUGAGCGCGCGUACAGUGAGACGGGCGAGCGCAGUCAGCAGCUGCAGGCGCUGCAGCAGAAGCCCGGCUCGCAGAUCAACUCGACCCGCUACAAGACCGAACUAUGCCGACCUUUCGAGGAGAACGGCGCCUGCAAGUACGGCGAGAAGUGCCAGUUUGCGCACGGCUACCACGAGCUGCGCAGCUUGUCUCGCCACCCCAAGUACAAGACGGAGCCGUGCCGCACCUUCCACACCAUCGGCUUCUGUCCGUACGGCCCGCGCUGCCACUUCAUCCACAACGCCGACGAGCGCAGACCCGCGCCGGCCAACGCCAACACCAGCGUGCCGCCCGAACUGAAGGCGAGCCGGGACCUGAUUCAGCAACAGGCUGCUGUCGCUGCUUUCCGAGACAGACCCAAACUCCACCACAGCCUCAGCUUCUCAGGCUUCUCCACACAACAUGGACUGGAUUCUCCUCUCACUGAAAGCCCCACAUCCCGCACUCCCCCGCCGGUUUCUUCUUCCGACUCUUGCCGAUCCAGCGGGCCUUUUUUCGAAGACGUUCUAGCGCCGAGCGCUAACGGCGCCUUCUCCUCGUUCGCCGCUGCGCAGGACCUGAAGGCGCUGCUCGCUCCUCUCGCCGUGCACGCACAUGGCGGCUACCAGUCAAACCCCGCUUACUACAGCAACUUCCAGACCGCCAUGGGACCCCCUUCCCCGCCCUACAGCAGCCUCGGGCACUUGCAGGCCCUGCAGCGCCUGUCCGAGUCGCCGGUGUUCGACUCGCCCCCCAGCCCAUACGACUCCAUGUCGGACCGCGACAGCUACGCCAGCGGCUCUUCAGGAAGUCUCAGCGGCUCCGAGUCACCCAGCUUGGAGGCCGGGAGACGUUUGCCAAUCUUCAGCAGGCUGUCGAUUUCUGAUGAUUAAAUGUUAGCGUGGUUGUUGUGGGGUUUUUUCUCGUUAUUUUGGUUUGCUUUGUAUGGGAUUUUGCCCCGUUCUUUAUUUCUUUAACGGACUGGAGGACUUCCUAAAGUUAACCGUUAUUAAAAUGGCGUCUCAUCAGCGACGUGUAAACUAGACGGACUUUAAAGAAACAACCAAGGGCAGGCGACUCGUCAGAGCCUUGGUGUGGCAUUAGAGGGUUUUUCCCCCCCGUAUUUGUUUCAUUUUUUCUGCUCGAACCGAUAGCUAUGAAAGUAGAUAUCGACCGAAGGCAUUCCACCGGUGACUUUGACCAGCAUACAGUCGCAGUGUUUUGGCUUAUGAGACCAUCACACUUUUCCGGAGACAUUUGUUUUUGUGCACAAAACUUUUGAACGUGAAAGAUGGGGAGAUUUAAGAUGUCCCUUUUUUCCUUCUCCCCCCCCCCCUCCAAUCCUACCAAGAAUAUGCCUUGACAAAGUUCGCAAAAUAGCCUGUAUGCGCUUCUGUAGGCUUAAAAAUAAAAAAUAAAAAAAAUAAAAACUUCCAUUCCAAAAGUUGAAGCAGUUUGUCGGUCACAGCGACACCCAGUGGUUCGGUUGGGUUAGUUUAGUGUUGUUGCUUAGCUGAAGCACUCUUGUUUGGUCUGUUGGGAAAAUCACUGCUGAUGGUUGAAUAUAUUAUAUAUAUAUUUUUUUAGCUGUUUUGAGCGAUUACAUAGCAGUACAUAACUGGCUAUGACCUAUUUAACUUAUUUAUUAUCUUGUGAAAAGUAUAGGCUACAUUGGUAAUUGUGUCCAUACUGUAUUUAUCAAGUAUGUUGAAGCAAUAGAUCUAUAUUCUUUUAUUAUGUUUAAAUUAUGAUCGCCAUUAUUAAUCUACAUAAAGUGGAGUGUAUGUUCUUUUUCACAGUAAUAUAUUUUUGUUUGGUCUUUCUUUUGUAACUUCACUUCGUUAUUUUAUUGUAAAUGAGUAAAAAAAAAAAAACAACUUAAUUUAAGAGAUUGUAUGUGAUAUUUAUUUCAUUAAUUUGGUUUCCUUGUUUACGUACAUUUAAGAAAAAAAACAUUUGCUUGAUUUGCCGUUUGUUGGUAUGUUGACUUUUUUUUCCAGCUUCUUUUUGAAAAUCCAUAGAUGUGUCUUUUUUUUAUUAUUAUUUAAUUUUUUUUUUUUAAGCUAUGUCUAUAGAAUGUAUAAACCAUGUGGUUGUCAAAACACCGUCCAGACUAGUAGUGAUCAUUCUUUAAGAAGUCAGACUUGUGUGACAAUGAUCCCAAGUGAAUAAAUUAACCAAAAAAGUA